AGCUCAAGAGGAGGCGGAGGCGGAGGCGGGCGGGGAGCGUUCCGGAAGCGGCAGACGCGACGGGGCGCGCUACAGAAAGGGGAUUGGCUCCGACGAGUCCCUCCGAGCCGCAGCGGUCCUCCUCCUCCUCCUCCUCGCCUUCUAGCCCUCUUCUCUCACGGUCCGCUCUUGUUGCCUAGAAACAGCUCCCCGACUCGCAACAUUUCCCUUAGUUGCUGCUUAUCCCAGCAUAAUGGUUCUCCUGAUUGUGCCGGAAUUUGGGGCUGGGCGGGGUGUGUGGGGGGGUGGUGUUGGUAAAAGCGCCGUGUCCCUCACAUUCGAUCUGGGCUGGGGACAGUUCGGAGUGACCGCCGCAUCCGGCGAAUCUAGAGCGCUGUCGCGAGCUGCUGGGGGUUCGGGCUCAGAGACACAGAAGAGGCAGCCGCUCACUGGUGCGCGGGGUGGGGGGGGGGGGGGAGAGCGGUCUGACGACAGUGGCGGCGGCUGCUGCCCCUCGGUAUGGGCCUGGCCCGUUGCUGCUAAUAAAACAAAACCCAGCGCCAUCCUUAGUGCAGCAGGGUGAAUAGGGACAUCGCCUGAGCCCCAGACCCACAGCGGAUUCUAGACGGCUUCCCCAGGGAGCUACACUGCAGCAGAAGCACAGAUUCUUCCUACCUCCAUUGGCCUGGACCGCAGCUCCUGCCCGUCACAUCCAUUGCCCUCCAACACAGCCAGGCUCCAAGUGCACCAUGGGGCUGGCUGAGUCGGAGGGUGGUUGCUGUCGCGGCGAGAGCAGUGCUUCAGCAGCAGCAGCAGCAGCGUUGCGAUUUUCCAGUAUCUCCAGCCCAAAGUGCAGCUCCCUGUCACAGUAGUUGCCCCCAACUCGGCAGCCUAUAUCCUCUAAGGGUGCCUUUGACAAAAACUCAUACAGCCUCUAUUGUGGUUAGUAUUACUGGUUUACAUACUGUGUGGGGAAUCACCAAUCCAAGUGAGAGGCACCCGUACUGCUUCCAAGCCGCUCUGGGACAUAUUUUCAUGUGGCACAGUGGGCUUCCUCCAGAAGGGGAGGUCACCAAAAAUUUCCUUGGGCACCAGUACAGUUAGUCUGGAAGUGUUAUUAGUCUACAGCUCUGGCUGCAUUGGUGCUUCCUUGCUCUGAAUGCCAGCCACUACUGUUGUUUUUUUUAACUGCUUCUGCAAAGGAUAUACAUUAUUGCAAAUCAUUUGAGGUAGUCACAUACCUGUCAUGUACCACACAUGCACAACGCCAGCUACUAUAGUCAGAGGUGCCACAAAGUUGCACUGUGAUUCUACAGCAAAGGACCAAUGUGGUAGCUCUCUUGACUCCGUUUGACAAUGAGAAGGCAAGAAAGGAUCAAUUUCAUGGAAAUACAGGACACUGUUAAGGUGGUAUUUCUGUGGCUAAGCAGCUCUAUUAGAUUGCUCAAUGUAAUUACCAUUGCUGGAUAUAUAGGGGAACAAAAUUUUGAUUGCAACUCUUUCAUAAUGUUCAUUUAAGAAUUAUACACAGACCUUUCUCAAUCAGUGAGAAGGGCUGCCAGGUGCUCAGGGAGGAAGGCUGGUGGAACUUACCUCCCCUGCAGACAACUGCCCAGUCCGUGCUGGGUGUGCAGAUCGCGCACCCACACAGACACCAGCUGCCCUAGGCAGCACGGAGGUUUGGGAUCCUGGCCCCUGGAACUCCCAUAAUGCACCAUGCGAGCGUGCUGAUCCCUGGGCCCUGGCCAGGAGCCUGUUCCUGUGUCAACACUGCACUGCGCCGACACACUAACAGCCCAUAAUCCUGACUAAGUGGUGGGCUCCCUGUGCAGGUUUGUCACCACACCGCCUCCAGGAACCACUCGCCUCCUGAUGGUACACACAGCCAAGAGCAGGCUUGGCUGCCUUAGCCCACUCUUGGCUGCAUGUGUGAACAUCCUCAAAGCCUUUUUCUAAUAGACCCUCAAGGUGAAUAACAACAUAUUAAAAUGAUAUAAAACAAGACAACAUAAAAAUUUAAAAACACAAAGACAUAGUUAACAUACCACUAAAAUUUCAUUUAAAAAUACAGAAAGUGAUGCAGAUUUUCCUCAUUCCUCAAAAGUGUGCCUGAAUAAAACUCUUCAGCUGCCUGCAGAAGGCUAAGAAGGAGAUGAGGAAAUGAGACUCUCCAAGGAAGGAAUUCCAUAGCUUGCGGGAAAACCACAGAAAAGGCCCAUUCUGCAUGCACAACGGCCUGGCCUCCAAAGAGGAACAGAACAUGAAUUCAACAGAAUUAUUUGAUGAAGAAGAGAAUGCUGAAGCUAUUAUUAAAAAUAUUAUGAAAGUAGAGACAGACAAAGAAGAUGAAGUAUUAGACUGCUCUGUGAUCUCAAGACCUGAAAAAAACUCUCUGGAUGGUUUAGUGACUUGCUUACAAGACACCAACAAACGGAAACGGACUUCAUUUAGUUGUGAUGGUUCAGGAAGCCAGCAGGACAUUUUACCAAGUGCGAAAAAAAGAGGCCUUGCACAAGAGGGCCUUCUUUCCAACUUGAAGCACAGAGAUGGGUCACCUACUCAGGAAGAUGUGGAGCAACCAAACAAAAACAAGAAUCCCAGCAUAACAUGGCUUUGUGAAGAAGAUGCCUCAAAUAACUCCGUAAUGCCGUCUUAUAAGAAACCACUCUACGGGAUCUCUCACAAAAUUACAGAGAAGAAGAAUUUGCCCGGAACUGAGCAGUUCACUUCCUAUGAGUUGUUUGAAAAGGUUAAUCCUAACAGUCCCUCCAAUCUUCGGACUAUGAAUGAACAACGAAAGCGAGAUACGAGUGCUCUUAUAACUCCUUCUUCAGAGUCAGAUCUAAACAUAUAUUCAUUGAUACAAAAAAUGUUUUACACACUGAAUACCUUAAAUUCCAACAUGACUCAACUUCACAGCAAAGUAGAUUUGUUAUCACUAGAAGUCAGUAGAAUUAAAAAGCAUGUCAGCCCCACAGAUACUGUAGCAGAAUUCAGGCCUCCACCUGAAUAUCAACUGACUGCUUCUGAACUCAAACAGAUCAUGGAUCAGAGUACAUCAGGUGGAGAUCUGGCUUGUCGCUUACUGGUACAACUUUUCCCAGAGCUCUUCAGUGAGGAUGAGUUGAGCAGAACCUGUACUACCUGUGGUUAUCUAAACAAAAAGAAACUUGAGUCACUUCACUUGCAGCUUAUCCGAAAUUAUGUGGAAUUCUGUUAUCCUCCUGUGAAGAAUCCUGCUAUCUGGCAGGCAGAGUGUUUGCCUCAGGUCAAUGACUUUUUCAAUAGCUUUUGGGCUCAAAGAGACAUGGAAAAUAGUCAGCCAGAUAUACAGUCCUCCAGUUUUUAUGAGGCUGACCAGGUCACUGAUGAUAAAGAGGAAGAAGAAGCUCUACCCAUUGAUAGUAGUAGUUCCAUUGCCUCAGAAUGGGUAUUUGAUGCCCAGGAUAUAAAUGAAUUCUUAGAUGAAGCUUCCUCUCCUGGAGAAUUUUGUGUCUUUUUGCUGCAUAGAUUGUUUCCAGAACUCUUUGAUCACAGAAAGUUGGCAGAGAGAUACAGUUGUUACGGAGAAUGUGGGAAACAAGAACUUGACCCUCAGCGACUUCAGGUAAUUCGCAGGUACACAGAGAUUUACUUUCCUGCUAUGCAGGAGAGGAAGGCCUGGUUACAGCAUUGUGUUCAGAGAAUAAAUGAUGAGCUUGAAAGCAUGUACAUGGAUGACAGUGAGAGUGAACAGAUGAGAGAUGAUUGCUAUGAUUCUUCUAGUUUGCCUGAUGAUGUGUCUAUUAUAAAAGUGGAAGAUAAUUUUGAAUAUGAAAGGCCAGGCCGAAGAUCAAAAAAGAUUUGGCUUGUGCCUAUAGACUUUGAUAAGCUUGACAUCCCUAUCCCUGAUUUUGACGUCCCUAUCCCAGACUACCUAUUAAGCAAGGAACAGCUUAAGAACAUAUAUGAAAGCAGCUUGUCUAUAGGCAACUUUGCUUCUCGAUUGCUUGUUCACUUAUUCCCUGAAUUGUUUACUCAUGAAAACCUAAGGAAGCAAUAUAAUUGUAGUGGAUCUCUGGGCAAGAAACAGCUCGAUCCCAUUAGGAUUAAAUUAAUUCGACACUAUGUGCAAAUGCUGUAUCCAAGAGCCAAGAACGAUAGAGUAUGGACAUUGGAAUUUGUUGGGAAGCUUGACGAGAGAUGUCGUCGCAGAGAUACUGAGCAGAGACGCACAUACCAACUGCAGCGAAAAGUUCAUGUGCCGGGACCUGAAAGGAGAGAAUUUCUGACCUAUGCAAUAAACCCAGAAAGAUUUAAAGAAGAAUUUGAAGGACCGCCAUUGCCUCCAGAAAGAAGUAACAAAGACUUUUGCAAGAUACCACUUGAGGAACUUAUUGUUCCUUCUCCAGACUUUCCUGUGCCUUCUCUGUAUCUGCUGUCUGAUAAAGAAGUAAGAGAGAUAGUACAGCAGAGCCUUUCAGUUGGUAAUUUUGCUGCCAGACUCCUAGUAAGACUUUUCCCAGAGCUCUUUACCUCAGAUAAUCUUAGACUGCAGUACAACCAUUCAGGGGCUUGUAACAAAAAGCAGCUCGAUCCUGUCAGACUGAGAUUAAUCCGCCAUUAUGUUGAAGCAGUUUAUCCUGUUGAGAAAAUGGACGAAGUAUGGCAUUAUGAAUGUAUACCAAGCAUUGAUGAAAGAUGUAGGCGCCCUAAUAGAAAAAAAUGUGACAUACUGAAAAAAGCCAAGAAAGCAAAAAAGUGAUAAGAUCUUUUAAGUUUCCAAAGACAUUGACCACUAAGUUAUUUUGAAGCAAGUACUUUGGUACCAAUUGAGAGGUCAAUCUGUUUUAGAUCUGAGACUACUCAGUAAAUUCACUCAGCACUAAAGAUUGUUCUUAUUUAACACAUAUAUAGGAAAGGACAAUACUGUAUGAGGUGGACAGAGAAAGGGAAGGUACAAUCCAGUGGAACUAUCUCCUAGGCACACACUAUUGAUACAAAUGAAUAAUGUUGAAAAACAUCUUUUAUAAUUUGAUUCAUUUCAAUAGGCUUUAUGUAUAUUAGGUUCCAAAAAUAUGAUGUCCUUAGUACCUGGUACACAACAAAAAGGUUAUGUGAGAUGAGCCAUUAAUAUGUCAUUUAAACAUCUUCAGUCAGCAAAAAUAAAUUACAUAGACUGUUAAGCUUUAUUCCAUUUUUAAUUGAGUAAUAACAACACAUAGUCUUGUGCUCUUUGAGGUAGUUUUCAGUAGGUAACUUUUAAUCGAUCAUUUGAAAAAAAAAAUUUAAAUCAAAGUAUAGUUUUUGAAGUGCUACACUCACAUGUUGAGUAGCAAGACAGUUUCUGAUUAUAACUAUUCCUUGUAUAGUUUGAUUAUCAGGAGAAUGAAUAUUACAAAAUCAGUGAACAGAAAAGUUAUAAUUUUCUUUGGCAGUUUUCUAUGUUGUAGUUGAAUUGCUGUAAAAAUUAAGAUUGGUCAUGGCAUUAUUUAACAUGUUUGUUUAUUUUACAAUUGUAGUAAUGAGACUUCAGUUUUUAUUCCUAUAAUUUAUUUCACUGUCCUCAGUGUGACCUCUUGGUAUAAGAACUACUGGUAGGAGUAGAGAUUGUGAAACAAAAUCCUGCCCUGUAUCAGUAGAAUAUGGUGCUAUUACCUGUUACUCUCACUACUUAUUAAAAAAAUACUUGAAUCAAGGAUUGUAGAAAAACACUUAAACCCAUUAUUUUUGUCACUAAGACUGCAGCCUUUCAAAAAAAUUUAAAUAUUAAAUAUGACAUGUCCUCAUA